UCGAUGUCCGAUGGGUAUCUGCAAUGCCCCCGCGACCUUUCAGCGGGCCAUGAACAUGGCUUUUCAGAAUUUCGUGAGGAAGACUCGUUUGGCGCAGAGUAUCAUCAACUAUUGCGUGAUUGUGUACAUGGACGAUAUCUUGGUGUAUUCAAGUUCCUACGAGGGACACGUGCAGCACAUCGAAUGGGCACUGCAUGCGUUACGAGAUGCGGGCUUCAAGGUGGCGCUUGAGAAGUGUCAGUUUUUCCUCACCAUCAUUUCCUUCCUAGGGCACGUGGUGACAGACAAGGAACUCCAACCGGAGCCGCAGAAGGUGGCAGCUGUCAGGGACGCACCGGUGCCUACGACUAUCACGCAAGUUUGCGCCUUUCUGGGCCUAGCCUCGUACUACCGAAGAUUUAUCAAGGGCUUCGCGGCGAUUGUGGGACCCCUCAUAAAUCUGCUGCGCAAGGAUCAGCCGUUGAUCUGGACGCCGGAGUGCGAUCAAACGUUUUCCACACUCAAGGCCGCUCUCAUUUCGGCUCCGGUCCUUAUAAGACCGGAUCUCGAAAAACCUUUUGUUCUCAUCACUGACUCGCAACCAGAGGCGAUUUCGGCGAUCCUUGCCCAGGUGGGACCAAGCGGACUUGAGAGUGUGGUGGAGUAUGUGUCCAAAUCAGUGCCCGCCUGCAAGCGCAACUACGCCGCUCCAACGGGGGAAUGCUACGCGGCCCUCUGGGGAAUGAGUCACUUUCGUGCUUACCUGUACGGGCGAAAGUUCACCUUGGUAACUGACAAUGAGCCUCCAUUGGCUCUGAAGAAAUCGAAAGAUUACUCUGGCAUGAUCGGGCGAUGGGCAACGGUGCUGCAGAGCAUGGACUUUGACAUCCGUCAUCGGAAGCACGAGAGACACGGGAAUGCGGACGGACUAACACGGCUGCACCGGCCUGAGAAAGUUUCGAAUAAUGAGGAGGUGAUUCCGUGGAACGAACCUGAACAGGAGAUUGGACCCCGGUACGGCCAAGUGGAGAUUUUGUCGAAGCAACAGGUCCGUAGCUACGAGGCUCGGAAUGGAAAUGUUGGGCCCCAGUACCAAUAUAAAUUAGGGGACCUAGUGCAGUGGACUACGUGCUUGGAGGAACCUAGGGACGAGGAUACGCUACCGUCGCGGCAGGAGUAUCUGAAGCCGUACGAUAUCAUCCCUAACGCCUUCUAUCCAAGGGCAGAGGAAGUGGUGAUCGACGACGACGACGAAGAGGACGAAGACGAAGAAACAUCGGAGGAGGGAAGCUAUAGUGAACAUAGCGAGGGCGAGCUGAGCCAAGGAGAAGGGGAGGAAGAAGAAACAGGAUCUGAGUGGGAAGCUUUGCCGGAGGAAGCGACGCGUACAGGAACGGAGGCAGAAGAUCCGAAAGCGGCUCGAAAGCGCGAAGAAAUUGCCACUGGGAAGCGCCAGCUGGAAUUCGCCAGCCAAGCUAGCCUGCGCAUCGGUAACGAUCCAACCAGAGAUUCGGAGCCCCCGAAGCCCGAAGAUGGCGACCCUGCAGCCACCACCUCAAGUACCGCGCGACGGAGACGGAGCCGAUCCCCCUCCUCCUCCAACCCCACCCGUCCCCCAGUUUGCCCACGUACUGAUGUGGGCGAUAGGCCUUCGUCCUUGGACGCUGUCCCGCCGACCCCUUGAUUUCCUCACCCUCGAGCAGAUCCGUACCCCCGUC